UAUUUAAAUAAAAUUUCCAGCAGUAUGGUUGCAUUACUGCUAAGCAGUGUAGCGCAAUGAUAAGAUUUCGGAUAUUUUAAGUUUUUAAGGUAGAUUUUAAGAUAAGGCGUGUAUUUUUAUUUAUUAACCGAAUGAACAUACAACAUCGUUUAGUACAUUAACUACAAAUUACAUAAGGAACACCAUGCAUGACUGGUUCAAGGUGUCCCUUUUACUGUGUAUCUUUGGGUUUCUCAAAGAGCUAAGACCCUCAGAACCCUUUAUUUACGAGUUUUUAAUUGAUCAGAGAUGGCGAAACUUAACCGAAGAACAAGUGAACCAAGAAGUGUACCCUGUGGGAACGUACAGUUAUCUGGCACAUCUGAUUGUGAUCUUCCUAAUAACAGAUUUGUGCAGAUACAAGCCACUGAUCGUACUAUUGGGGGCUAGCGGUAUCGUGAUAUGGGGCAUGCUGCUAUGGACGGAAACUCUGCUUGAGUUGCAAAUUUUGGAGAUAUUCUAUGGUACGUUCUGUGCUACUGAGGUAGCUUAUUAUACCUACAUCUACGCCAAAGUCGAUACAGAGUACUUCCAACAAGUUAGUGGUCACACCAGAGCUGCCAUUUUGGCAGGACGCGCCGUCUCCGGAAUAAUCGCCCAGCUCCUGAUAUCCUUCCACGCAAUGAACUACAGGGAUCUGAAUUAUAUAACAUUUGCAGCAAUGAUCGCAGCAACGAUAUGGAGUUUAUUCUUACCCUCCGUCAAAAAAAGCAUCUACUUCCACCGGGAGGAGAUACUCUCCCUACCGUUCUGCAUGAAGGUCCGACACGCCUUUGUACUUAUGGGCAAUCAUUUCAUCAACUCGUUCUCAAACUUAUAUGUCCUGAAAUGGUCAUUGUGGUUCGCCUUGUCCACCUGCGGGUAUAUCCAAGCACAGACGUACAUGCAACCGUUGUGGACAGCCAUAGUGAACGAUCCGGAGAAAUCGAUUUAUAACGGCGCAGUAGAGGCGCUUUUAACCGUCCUCGGAUUUCUGGGUGCUCUUCUAGCGGGCAUCUUGAACGCAGACUGGAAGACGAAAGGUGAACUGACUCUGACUCUAUGCUCUCUCUUGCAGGGCUUCUUUUUAUUGUAUUCCGCCAGGACGGAGUAUAUAUUAUUAAGCUACAUUUUUUACAUUGUUUUCGGUGCAUUGUACCAUUUCAUGGUAACCAUAGCUAGUAGCGAAAUCGCGAAGAACAUCAAAGACGAGAGUUACGGUUUAGUUUUCGGUAUUAAUACAUUUGUAGCGGUCGUUUUCCAGUCCAUCUUGACUACCAUUGUAGUGAGGGGAGGGAUAGGGUUCGCGUUGAAUCCUAGGGAUCAGUAUUUCGUUUACGGCUGCUUCCACAUCGUGGUGGCCGUUUUGUAUAUUAUUAUAGGGUUGAUAACGUGGCUCGCCAAUUACAGGUACUAUAGGAGGGCUAGCAUGAUAAUAACUUCAUGAUGACGUACUAAGUAUGGCCGAGGGCUGUGAGGGUGCGGCAAUAUUAGUCUUGGGGCCUCGUUAUUUCAAGGCCGUUGUUAUUUUGUUCGCUUUGUUUUUAAAAUGUUUAUGACAAAUGUUUCAAUAGUCAAGUAAGUAAAUGGGUACAAAUUUCUACCGAUUUGAGUGAAAUUAGUUUUCAUUUUAAAUGUCGGUUUUUAAUAUUCAAAACAGUUUUAAAUGUAUCUGUAUGAAAUUGAAAAUGAAAAUUAAUCACUAAAAAUGAACAAAAUUUCAGUCUCACGAUAAUAUAUAGUUUAGUACGAUAGGAACUGAUAUUGGAAUUUCAGUUUUUAGUAUUAGGUUUUUUUUCAAAAAUCGGGCGUACCUCGAAUUUUAUGGGCUUAAAAUUAAGUAAAAAAU